CGGCGAUUGGAAGUGAGUCGGACGCUGCCCAGUGGGCUCGUCUACCCGGCAGCUUGGGUCGCAGAGCUGGAGCUGCGAGUGGCACAAUUGGGCGCGGGGGGGAAAGGCGGGGCGAGCUAGUUGCUCCGGGUUACAGAAACGAUGUUGAGCGUGGCGAUUGGCUAGAUGACUGCGCAGGCGGCGAGCCGCGAUGGCGAUGAGUUGGGGAACCGGACGGAGUGUGGUGUUUGUCACCGGCAACGCGAAGAAGCUGGAGGAGGUGACCCAGAUCCUCGGGGACUCCUUCCCGUAUAAGCUGGUUGCAAAGAAGAUAGACCUGCCAGAGUACCAAGGGGAGCCCGAUGACAUUUCUAUCAAGAAGUGCCAGGAAGCAGUUAAGCAGAUCCAAGGACCAGUUAUAGUAGAAGACACUUGUUUGUGUUUCAAGGCUCUUGGGGGACUUCCAGGGCCAUAUAUAAAAUGGUUCCUAGAAAAGUUACAACCAGAAGGUCUCUACAAGCUAUUAGCAGGAUUUGAAGAUAAGUCUGCUCAUGCUGUCUGCACCUUUGCCUUCAGCAGUGGAAAUCCAGAAGACCCAGUGAAGCUAUUCAAAGGCCAGACAAAUGGGCAAAUAGUCAAUCCAAGAGGGCCUAGAGACUUUGGAUGGGAUCCUUGCUUCCAGCCAGAGGGUUAUGAUCAGACGUUUGCUGAAUUACCCAAGUCUGUGAAGAACUGCAUCUCUCAUCGAUACAAAGCCCUGAAAGAGCUGUCCAACUAUUUUGUUCAACAAAACAACUCAACAAAGUCCACAUCUGGUUCUAGUUAGCCUGCAGGGAUCUUCAGUGGGAUAUUGUGGCUUUUGUUGAAAAAUGAAAUCAAUGUUUACUUGUCUGCAUAGAUCAAAUCUAAUAAAAUAACCCUCUUUAAAGAUA